CGUAUGGCUGAGCCCUGAUUGGCUGCCACUGCAGACGAUAGCCUACCAUAAGAGCGAUUGAGCGCUGAAUACACUGUUAUCUCUGUUAUACAUGUUAUACACGCUAUUCGUGUUGUGUUUACAUUGAGUGCACACUUACCGGUCGUCUGUUUGCCAAACAAACUGUUAACGAGUUUUUGAAUGAAGUGUUCAAUUUAAUCGCUAUUUACGGACAAACUUAAGAUCUGAUUGACGCGCAAUGUCUGAAGGCGAGAGUGUAGGAGCGGGCCGUUCGCGAGGUCGAGCCCGUGGCAGGCCGACAGCAGUGGCAGAUCAGCCCCCGCCCGGCGAAGGGGGCGACGGUGGCAAUGGGGGUAACGGCGGUAAUGGAGGUAAUGGCGAUAACGGCGGAUCGGUGAGAGGUCGCGCGGGCUACCGGGGCGCUCAAACCCUGCGCACAAUCCCUCCCAGCGUGAAGGCAGUGCACGGCGAGGGCGGCCAAGCCGUCAAAGUGGUGGCCAACUAUUUCCGACUCCAGACCCCCAAGGAUGCCGUGAUAUACGACUAUCACGUGACGUUUGAGCCGCAAGUGGAGGCCCGUGUGAUGCGGAAGGCGAUGCUCUUCAGCCAUAAGGAGUCCUUCGGCAAUGUGUUG